AUGCGUGCAUUGGAGGACCACGGCACUGUCCCCAUCGACAUCAACAAGGGAGAUAAGGCCUGCACCCAAGCCACGCCACUCGGCAAUACUUUGUGGCACCCUCAUGCGCCCGGCCUAUGUCGUUUGACAUCGCGCGGCGCUCAGACGCUCAGGUAUGCUGGCCUGAUGACCCUGCGCCAGCCGGAUGCCAUCCAGGCUGUCCAAGUAGAUGGCAAGACCUACGUCCUCACUGCCAACGAGGGCGAUGACAAGGGCUAUGGCGACUUCGAGGAGAAGAUGAAGCUGAAGGAUGUGGUGAACUCUGAUGGCUCUGUGGAUUCAGACAUGGUGGGCAUGAACGUGAGCGCAAGCGCGGCCAGCACUGCCGUGGAGAUCAGCAAGGUUGGGGAUGGCCUCAGGAUCACCGUUGGCUCGGCGGCCAUCAACUACGCGACCCCUUCGGCUCCGGUGAUCGAGCACAUCGUCGCCUUCGGUGGCCGUGGUGUGUCCAUCUACGAGCACACCACCAGCGGCCUCACACUGACUUGGGACUCUGCUGAGCAGGUCGAGAAGGAGCAGUGCGCCAACUACCCCUGGGCACACAACGCCAUCCAGGACGAGGAGUUCUCUCCGCUGAACGGUGACCUCUACAUGUCGGCUGGCUCCAAACUCCGUGAGACCUUGGAUGAGAUGAACGACCCAAGCAAGGAUGGCUGCGCGCCGGGAGCUUGUCCCCUUGGGCAGAUGGUUGAUGAGCGCUCCGAGAAGGAUGGGCCAGGAGUGGAGGCCAUCGUGGCGGGCAAGGCCUGCGGGUCCCUGCUGGCCGUGACCGCCACAGAGAAGCAAGGUACUGCCUUCGUCUACGACAUCUCCGACAUCGCCUCUCCCACGCUCCUCUUUGUGAAGCACUUGUCUGUGGCCUCCGAAACCAAGAAUCCGGGCGUGGCCUAUGCGGACGGUACUCUGGGUGAGAUCGACCCAGAGGCCAUGAUCUUCCUGGAGGACGCUCAUUCUCCCUCCGGCAAGGCCGGCGUGAUGUUCGCUGGUGCCUGGUCGGGAACCAUGUCCUUCUGGGAGUUCGAGUGCCCCACCACGACCACGGCCGCAGCCAAUGACUCCGCAAGCAGUGCGCGCGAGGCAUCCGCCUUGUCCUUGACCCUGUUGCUCCUUGCCUUUGGUUUUACCCGGCUUUAA